AUGAGGCUGUGGCAAUCGGAGCGAGGGCUACUUGCGACGCGCCGGGUCGCAAAUGGGUUGGGCAGUUCUUCCUUACCGGAAGAUCCAGCUAGUCAGGACGAACACCUCUCCGACGCAUCGCAUGGAUCAUCAGAUGAAAUCGGGACUGCUGACGAUGAAUACGAAAGCGAUAACGACGACUCAGGAGCCAUCUUGUCGAAAUAUUUCAAUCCAUCCAAACAUGCCGGUAUGGCAAAACGGAAAGUUACAGAUAUCCCGACCGUGGCUCCAAGAAAAAGCCGGCGGGCAACACACGAUUCGCGUGAUGUUGAGCUGGAACAAUCCGACUCGGACUUGGUAGGCUCGGACGAUGACUCUUGGUAUUACUCUGAUGAUGGGAAGAUCUCUCGGGCUUAUUGGCAAUUUGUGACAAAACAUGGUGACAUUCUUGCCCGAUGA